CUGUGUGUCACUCUCUGGCAGGCUGCGAGAGACUGACCUGGAUCCACAGCUACGAGACCCAGUACAUAUCAAAACACAAUCAAAUUAAAGCCGAAAAACAGAAAACCAAAUCCCGAAAACGUCCCCCCGUUUUCUGUAGAAGAUUGCCAGUUGAAAGAGGAAGACGCAAAGCGGGAUACGGAGCUGCAUUGUAGAGAACAGCUACUUCUUUACAUCCCGGAGAGGUUACUGUACAACCAGCACAGGAAAAUAACUGCAUAGCAGCCGCACCAUUGUAUGAUAGGGGUUAUUGACUAGGCCUGGCAUUAUCCCUUUUGGAGCAAAAGCAAGAGUGGAAGUUUGUGCGGGCCGCGGCUACAGCGCUGCAGGCAGGGACGCCGGGCCGGAGGAGAGCAGGGGCGGCAGGAGGAAAGACGGGCGGGAGAAGUCGGCGCUAAGGGAACAGCCAACUCCCAAGGGAAUGCGUUAUGACCUCUGUGGUGGUCGUUGAUGGCGGAGGUCCGGUGGUGGAGUAUGUCAGUGCGAUGGAGAACCCACAGCAGGAGGAGGUUCAGGGGGAGGAGUAUCCCGCAGUGAUUGUGGAGCAGGUCCCCAGCGCUCGUCUGGAGCAGUGUUACGCAGCACAGGUCCUGGUGUACGAUGACGAAACCUACCUGAUGCAAGACGUCGCAGAGGAGCAGGAGAUAGAAACUGAAAUCGUGGAGUCCGUGGAAGCGUCGGUGCAUGGCAGCAAUGUCCACUGCUCCGACAAGACCAUCGAGGCGGCCGAAGCCCUGCUCCACAUGGACUCUCCCACCAGCCUGCGGGGGGACCGCAGCCCAGGUGAGCCUCCACCGGAGACACUUCUUCUAAACCUGCCACAGGCAGAACGGUUAUGCACUGAGCAGUGCAUGAUUUUUGGUAAAACUGAUUUUUUUUCUGCUUUUCUCUUCUCUUUAGCAGGGAGAAAGCCAAAGACUCAUCAGGCAGCUGUUUCCAAUGGGUCUCCUGAUUUGGGUAUAAAGAAAAAACCCAGAGAAGGCAAAGGUAAUACCACCUAUUUGUGGGAGUUCUUGCUGGAUCUUCUCCAGGAUAAGAAUACCUGCCCCAGGUACAUCAAAUGGACCCAGAGAGAGAAGGGCAUCUUCAAGCUGGUGGACUCCAAGGCUGUGUCCAAACUGUGGGGCAAACACAAAAACAAACCCGACAUGAACUAUGAGACAAUGGGCAGAGCACUGAGGUAUUACUACCAAAGAGGUAUCCUGGCGAAGGUGGAGGGACAGCGGCUCGUCUACCAAUUCAAAGAGAUGCCAAAAAACAUUGUGGUGAUCGACGACGACAAAUCCGACCCAGGCGGCGAGGAGCUGCUGAGCCCCACCGCCGACAAGUCGUACGAGCGCGUGCCCCCCUCCUCGGAGAGCCUGCUCACCUCCGCCGAGCUGUCCAAGACCCCCGGGAUCCUGCGGGGCGGGGGGAGGACCCUGGUCCACCACAGUCCCACGAAGGGAGGCAAGACCGCAGCGUCCGCGUCCCCCGUGCCUCGGAUAGUGAGCGUCACGUACGCGGCGCAGCACCAGGACGCCUCCCCGCCGCAGUCGCACACCACCGUCAUUCCCGCGGCAUCGGGAGCCAGGACGGUUCGUGUGGCCAUGCAGGUGCCAGUCGUGAUGACGACGUCGCUGGGUCAGAAGAUCUCUACCAUGGCUGUCCAAUCUGCCGGCUCCUCAGUCCUUACCAACACCAGCCCCUCGACGGCCUCGGCACCCAAGGUGGUCAUCCAGACCAUCCCCACCAUGAUGCCCGCCACUGCCGAGAACGGAGACAAGAUUACCGUACAGCUUGCCAAAAUCAUUACCAUCCCUGCCACGCAACUCGCUCAGUGCCAGCUAAACACCAAGUCCGGGCUGCCUGGGACCUCUAAUAUCAACCUCGUAGGAACCCCGCUGGCUGUCCGAGCGCUCACCCCCGUGUCGGUAGCGCCAGGGACCCCUGUCGUGAGACUGGCCAUGCCAGCGCAGCACCACCAGCAAACCAGCCAGGCUGCCAGCCACACCCCAGCUCGGGUUGUCAGCGCCAUCAUCAGGCGGCCGGAGGUCAAGCAGGAGUGUGCAUUGCAAGCCACAGUGAAGAGUGAAGCGCAUCCACACCCCAUAGGGGAGACGACAGCUGUGGACAGUGUCACAGUGAAAUCAGAGGAGGCCGAAUGCUGAGAGGGAAAGAUUGGGAGACGGCACAUUAAACUGACAUUUUUUUAGAUUUGCCGUUCAAACUCAGUGACUGAGAGGCUCAUCCAGUGAGAGAAUAAAUAAUCUGGUUGUACCAACAAAAAACAAAGCAAAACCAUCCAGUGCUCAUUUUGUUUUAGAUUAUUCAACAGUCAAACUGACUUUAAAAACUGCAAAAAGACUUGAUCUGAGACUUUUUUUAUGUCCGUCCCAUGGUUUUUGAUGGGAUUUUGAACCACAUCAAUUUCACGUGAGAGACUGAUGCGAAUCAGCAGUGAAUAACAGAAGCAUAGGAAGCAUUUUGCAGUGUGGAUGAGAGAAGGGACCAAACAGACACUACAGUUUUACCCAGACACUAAAUGUCCAGAACACUAAAAGUAAAUUAACCAACAGUGAUCUUUUGGAAUGGGUGGGACAAUUUAAACUUUGUAACACUUUUGUCUAAUACAGUUUCUGCAUUUAAAAUGCAAACCAGCAAAUUGUUUGACUAUCACUGUGUGCACAUAGUACCCCUUUUUUUGGUGCUAAGUGAAAGCUUAACAGGUAUUUACCUGGAAAGUGGAGUCAUGUGGCAAAGCUGUUCCUGGACAGCUUGUGAAUGAGGGAAGUAAAAAGGGACUUUGUAUAUGUCUGCUAUACAGUCUAAAAGAAAUUCAAAGAAGCAGCCUUAGAUUAAUCAUUUUCUUCUGUUUUUUUUUCCAUUUCUAAAAAAAUAAGCUAACUAGCUUUAUGUGUAAAGUUUUUUUUAAAACCUUGUACCAAGCACAGUAUUAUAGAAAUAAGGCAACAUUUUGUAUUAUAGUUUAAAAUUCUUUCCAGGAUUUCAGUUUCAGCAGUGUUUUUUGCUGUAAUUUGCCUGUGUCCCAUUGCCUUGGCGUUUGUAUGGACAUUUCAGUUUCGGAGCAUUUCUGCUACUUAAAAGGUCACGCUCAGCAUGCAUCCUUGCAGCUCGUUCUAAACUUUUUCCUUUUUUGUUUUUUUUUUAGUAAUUGAAGAGGGAGAGAAAAAAGUUUGUGUUCAGACUGAACUAGUUUGUAUAUUCAACAUUUGAAGUAUAUUCUAUUUUGUUGUACUCUUGUUUCAAAGUGUAUUCAAGUAGAUUUUACUGAAAUAUAAAAAAUACAAAAAAACUUCUUUCGAAUGUUUCGAUGACCUUUAUAUAUGACAGAACAGCAUGUCUGUGCUCCCCCCCAUAGCUUUUCUUUUUAGAUUCUUAAGAAGAAAAAAAAAUCAUCAGCUUUAAUAUGCCAGUGCUUUAACAAUUUAUCUUAAGUCCAAGAAGACCCUUAACUUAUAGAUAUUGCCAGUACCAGUUUUUACACCUUUAGUAGACAUUCAGGAGCUGUAGUAUGUGUACUUUUGUUAAAAAAAGCUGAUGAACAAUGAUUUGGGUGAGUAAUAACAUCUUUACUGAUUAGUACUGCACACUGCAGUGUAUAUUGAUUACUUCCUUAACACUUCUUCAAUUGUAUUAAACUGUGUCCCUGCCUUCAAAACGGACAACGUGUUUUAUGUCUGCUCCAGUAGCUUCGAAUGACUUGUCUGCCCUGACAGUCUGAAUACAAUUGGAUUUGUGGGAUUACAGACAAAGCCUAAUCUUUUCAGCACUUAUCUCUGUGUGAGCAAUUUCACUCCAGUGCCAAAGAACAUCAAGAGCUAUUUGAUAAACGGUGAGGUGUUUAUUUUAAUAUGUCAGAUCAUUUUGCCCAGUGCUGCCUGGAAGAGUUCUGAAUCGUUGAAGAGAAAAUCAAAAUGAAUUAGAAAAUAAAUGAAUCCAUUUCUUGUGACCUUGAACUUUUCAACUGUGAUCAGUAAAAUCGGAAAAUUCUUCAGCCUUCAAGGACCAGAGUUCUCCUAAUUGAAUUGACUAUUUGGUUAAUCAAUUAACGUGCAAGUGUUCCUCUAAACAAAACAGGUAAUUCAGGUGAUUUACAAGACAAACUGCAUUGGAUUUAUCCAGGUUAAGGGAUGGGAGACCCUUGGUUUAAAGGAACCAAAUCCAGUUUUCUCAUUUAAAUAUUUAAACAAUAUAUACAAAUUUAUAGAAAGGUUGUGAUGGCAACAAUGUGAGUACGACUACUCUUAAUCUUUAACAACAAACUGUUUUAGAUUUUUCUAUGAUGUACAAGAAGAAUUUAUUUUUAUAAAGCGCUUUUCAUAGAAAUGAGCACUCCUGUGCUAAACAAAUGUAAAGUAUGAAAAGAUACAAAAAGUAAAAAAAAAAAAAGAUUUUGAAAGGAGUGUGGAGAUAAACUGUGUCCUGAUUAAAGCAAAACGAACCAAAUUAUAACCAUUAAAAUCAUCUGUGGAGUCAUAAAA